AACCAAGCCCAAUGUUAUUCUAGUAAAAACUUACAUUGAAAUUGAAAUAAACAACAUUUAAGACAAAAUUUUAAGAACAAAGCAGGCCACCUGUAAACAACAUGUCACAGUGUGACAGCGACGAAAAUUUUUCAAGUAUAUUUUUACCUUUUUAAAAUUUAUAUGCAGUUUUUACAGUGAUUAUGUGUUCGAGGAAGAAUAACAGCUGUUUGGGGCCCUCGGAGGCUUCCCAAAGAUGCACCAUAACUGUGGGGAAUAGCAUUUGUGGUGAGGCCAACUCAUUGGAUAUUAUGAAGGAGUUUAAUCGACUUUACGAGGAAAGAAUGGAGCAAGUCGAUUCGGAUGCUGGAGGAGAUUGCUUGCAGGAAAAAGUAAGACUGCAAAGCGAAUGGAUUAAAAACUUGAUACAACAGAAUGAGAUGCUGGUUAAAGCAGUACAAGAACUGGAAAUUGAGGCGACUGAACGAGUGCAACAUCUGGAAGAAAAACUACAAAAAAGCGCAGAAUCCCUUUGUCAGGUGAUCAAAAAGUAUAGGGAACAUGACUUUGCUGUCGAUUUACUGGAAGAACCUUUACAGAAAAUCUCUCACCUGGAGGAUGAUAUUAAAAACGUUCUUGAAUUUAUCAGACGCAUAAGGGAGGAUGGAAAGUGGAAUACCGAUGGCUUGUUCUUUUAUAAUAUUACUAGGGACGAGCUAUUGGGGCCUAAAUGCAAAUGCUAUACAAAGAAUCAGUUUAAUUUUCCAGAUCAAGGAGAGUUGAGUGAGGGCGAGAAAAUGCUUAAUGAAAAAGAGAGGACAGUUCAUGAGCUUACUCAGAGGGUGAAUUAUUACAAUAGUUUCGGCGACUUGGAGGCUUUAGCUAAAGAAUUGCAAAGUAGACGGAUCGAGUGUGAUACUUUAAAGCAGGAUAUGAUCGACAUAAGACAGGCUCUCACAGAAGAAGUAGCUUUAAAAUAUGACCAGAUAAUUGCAUUAAGAAAAGACGUUCAAAUAUUGGAAGAUCGUUGUUUACAAGCCGAUGAACAAACCGCUUUUAAAGAGGACAUUAUUAGGGAGCUACGAAAGGAAAUUAAGCAACUAAAGCAACAGACUUCAUUUCUAUCGGAACAAGAAAAGUCCAGUCUCCAAAGUAAGAUAGAUAAACUGAACCUUGAAAACACCACCCUAAAAGAGACCCUUAGCGUAGAUAAACACCACGUGGAAGAACUAGAUGCUCAAUUUAAGUCAUUUUUACAAGAAAGGGACGAGCUUAAAAAGAAACUGAAAGCGGCAGAAAAAAAAGCCAAAAAAGACAAAGACACUCUUCAUUGCGAAUGCGAAGUCUUAAGAGAGGAAAUAAAAAAACUUAAAGCCAAAAAUGCUCAGUUACAAAUUGAGGUAGAAUCUAGUAGACAAUCCUUGCAUCAGGUCACUUGCGAAUCGGCAGGAUGUAAAGAAAGAAUGGACGCAGUCUUAGCCGAGAAUCGCAAGAUUUUAGAACAAAUAAUUUCCCUAAAUGAGGAGAAUAGAAAUUUAUCCCAAAGUAUUGAUGUUUUAAGACAAAGAAGCGAAUAUACUAACAGUUUUACGCAUGAUGAAAUCAGCAAACUGAACCUGACCAUAGACGAGUUAAGGCAUAACUUGGAAAAGACUAGAAUGAUACAAGAGGAUGAGGAAAAGGCACACGAAAAUGAAAUUUCUAUGCUGCAAAGUACAAUUGACAAUCUAGAGCAAAAUAUUAAGAUUUUAAAGGAGAAAUAUGAAAAAGACACUAAGACCUGCAAAAUUUGUCGAGGAAGGUCCAAAGUGGGAUUCCUUGAAACUUCUGAGGUUCAGGUCAAUAUUGAGAGCAAAGAAUCUGAAUUGCUUAAGGUGGCAAAUGACCUAAAAUCAAACAUGAAACUAGAAAUAGACAAGAAAGAUAGUGAAAUUCAAUGUUUAAAAAAUAAAGUAUCUGAACUCGAACAAACGGCUAACUUACAAGAGACUGUGGCGAAUGAACUAAAAUCAAACAUGAAGAUCGAAGCAGACAAGAAAAACGCCGAAAUCCGAUCAUUAAAAAAUAAAAUUACCGAACUGGAAGUAGCACUUACCACCUGCGAAGAACGAGCAGCUAAUCUACAGGAAGCCGUCACUCUUUACUCAAAUUCCGUCAAUGUUUUGGAGAGUAGCGACAAACAAGCCAAAUGCCAAAUUGAGCAGCAAAAAGUGACAAUUUUUAAUCUUCAAGAGGCUUUAGUAGAGGCCAAACAAGAACUAGACGCACUGCGAAGAAAAUCGCAGGAAAAUGGAAUCAAGGGGCAACAAAUGUUGACCCAAUUGGAAGCUCUUCUAAAGGAACUUGAAGAGGAGAGUGAUUUCAUUAAGGAACAGGCAGAUUUUAAAAGCAGGGAAUUAGACAUUUUGCAAGAUUUAAAUUUUAACUUGGAAGUGGAACAUUGCGAUAGCUUGCAAGAUGUAGAGGCGCUAGAAGAGCAACUGUAUAAGUAUAAAAAUUUUGCUAAAAUUAGGGAGGAUCAAUUAAAAAAGUUAUCAAAACAGAAAAAGUGCUACGAAGAUAUUAUUGGAUAUUUUAAGAACGAAAUGGCCGUCAUGGCUGAGCAGCUGAAUAAUCUUCAGGAACUUUUGACUUUGUCAAAUGCAAGUGCCCAUCAAGAGUCCUCCAAAAUCAUGCAGGCUUUCAUGGAAGUUCAAACGAUCAACGAAAAACUGUCCAACCAGCUUUGCGCAUGCGAACAAAAAGUUCAACUAGAAAGCCAAAUGAACCAAAUCCAUGAGGCCAAAAUUUGCGAACUUCAGCAGCUUGUGAGUGAAAAAGAGAUAAACCUGAGUAAACAUGAUGAGACCAUGCUAAAUAUCCGGAAGACCCUUAAUGAUUCUUUAAAGCAAAAUGCAGACUUGCAGCUAACGAUUGUAGAACUAAACGAGACCAUUAAUAGUCUACAAGAUGCCAUUAAAACUUACGAAUAUGAGAACUGCGCGAGCAAACGGAGCUGUUUGGAGUUUCAACAGCAAAUCGGAUCAUAUUGCUGCAAACUGGAAGAUGUUAAGAAAGAUCUUGAAGAUAAAACCGCUGAAUGUCUGAAACUUGAAAUGGCGUAUAACAAUGAAAAACGUGCCUUAAAGGCUGCUCAGAAACAGCUGCAAGAGACCGAGAGGUUGCAGCAAGAGAACCAGCGAGAGCUGGUGAGUUCCGUAGAAGAAAUGAAGGAGAAACUUCAACAAGGUGAGGAUAGUAUCAAGAAAUUAUGCUGCGAAUGCGAAAAUUUACAAGGACAAUUGGCCAAUUUGAGCAGGAAAGAGGCUGUUAAAGAUUUGGAGAUCAAAAGGUACAGAAAGAUUGUUACUGAUUUAAAAACCACCAUGAUGGAGCUGAACACUGAACUCAAUAAAAAUCUUGCUCAAAAAGAUAUUAAAUCCACCUGCAAAAACGCAAGUUGUCGUAAAAAUUUCGAUAAAGAUGAAACGAAACCUCAAGAUAUUUGCCUUAGUUGUCCUUGCGAGGUAGAGUUUUAUCAAAAAAUGGUUGAUAUGUUAAAGAAAUCUGUAACGGAGCUUAAACGUAAACUAAGCGACACCCAAGAAGCAAAUAAAGCUCUAGAAGAGCAACUGAGAGAAAAAUCUUCUCAGCUUGCUCAAGCUCUAAAGGCCAAAGAAGAACUUGAAAGAAGGUUAAGUUUCGGACAACUAAAUGAUAGGAGAAUUUGCGAGUUAGAAUGUGAAAAUGACAGAUUGAAGCAGGAGCUUCAAAUGAAAUCAUUGCAGCUGACAGAUGUGAAAAGAAGCGCCAAUGACAUUAACGAGUCGAAGUGCAUGCAGCUGGCUUGCGCACAAGAGGAGAUAAGCAAUUUAAAGAAUGACAUGACGAAUAUUUUAAAUAGGCAGUAUAAUUUGAAGAGAGAGAAUGAGGAGUUGCAGUCGCAAAUGGCCGAGUUGAACUGUAACAACAAUUGUCUGAACGAGAAAAAUAAGAUGUUGAAGGAGCAAAUUGAGCAGAAUUUGAUGAGAAUUAAGAAUCUGAAUGCUGAAAAAGAAACAUUGUUAAGGAAGAAUAAGGAACUGGUGUAUGAGCUUAGGUCCUUUCAGUCAAUGACAUGUACUACUGACAAGCAUCACAGGUUGACCUCAGAUUCCCUUAAGCAGCUAGAAGCUGACAUUGAGGGCCUGAAAAGCAACAAGGAGGACAUCUGUUUCGAGAGUAAAAACAUGAUAAAAUAUGUACGGGCGUGGGUGACUGAGCAGAAAAAAAUUAACUCUUUCAUAGCCAAAAGAGAACAAGAAUAUAUCGAUGCUCUUAAACAAAAAACUAAAGAUACUCCUUGCCCGAUUCAACGACCUCCAGCAAGGAUUUCUAAAUCUAAUAGGGCAGGACCAUGUAAUAAUAUGUGCGCUUCACCAUGCAGUUUAGGUUCUCAAGGAGUUGCGUCUUUUUAUGAUGAAGAGAGCCCAAUUCCGAGUCCAGAUCUUGGCAUGAAUAACGACUGGUACUCGACCACUUUUAGAGCUGAAUCGGACGAUAACGAAUCUGAAGAGGAUUAUUGCGUAAAUACAUUGGAGCAUUUAACGCAACAGAUGAGGAAAUCCAACAGGUUUUGGAAGAGCGAGAGUUGUAGGUCCAAAAAGGACUGCAGGGUUACCAAAGACAUUAAAAAGUGAUAUACCAUUUUUUUUUAGCUUUUUUUUUGUAUUAUGUUAAUUUUUAUAUUUAUAUUUUAUUUUGUGUGCCAAAUGACGUUAAUAAUAUAAGACUGAUAUAAACAAAA